CUCGCCAUGACCGCCGCCGAGCGCCGCUGGACGCCGCUGGUGCGUCCGCUGGUGAUUCUGCUGCUGCUGGUGACGGUGGUGGGCGACGCGGGUCCGCUGAGUGGGGCACCACCUGUUCUCGUCACGCUGGAGCUAGCUGGUGAUGUUGCGGAGCUGAGUACUGUGUUGCCAAGCUCCUCGGCCGGGACCACGUCACCGACCCUCCGGACGUCGCCACCGACUGCCGUUCCGACCCCGACCCCGACUGCCGUUCCGACCCCGACCCCGACUGCUGUUCCGACCCCGACCCCGACUCCCGGCGGAAUCUGUGCGGACCCGCACGCUCACCGAGAUCAGGAUGGCGUCUGUUCCUGCAACUCAGGCUACCUGGUGACAAGGGACGAUGAAAGCUUUCCCAACAACACCUGUCGAAGAAGCUCUGGAGGGUACUUGGGGUCAAGAUGCAGCGACAUUUCCGAUUGCAACUACGCCAUCCAGCACGUGGCGUGUGACGAUACCUGUCAGUGCAUCAAACCAUACGUGGGCUUCAACGGCGAGACGACGUGCUUUGAUAACGCCAUGGGCUGGGGCGUGGCAAUCAAGACUGCCGGCAUUACCGUCCUGGUGCUGGCUGUGGGCUUCUUCAUCGCCUUCGGGGUCAAAGGAUGCACCAGAUCUGUGAGGUAUUUACAUUGA